CUUUGACAUGAGUAACGUUACAGCAACCAGAUCAAUAUUUCCUACCGGCAACUAACAAAAGACGAAAAAACAAUGGCGAGUUACUUCGAAAUCCUAUGCGCCGCAGUGGUUCUAUUCCUUGUCUUCUAUUACUAUUGUGUCUCCACUUAUGAUUUCUGGAAAAAGCGCGGUGUGUCUGGACCAAAGCCCCUGCCGUUUUUUGGUAACGCUAAGGACCUCGUGUUUGAAAGAAUAUCAUUGGCAAAAUUCGUGCAGAGCACUUAUGAAACAUACAAGCAUUUACCAAUGAUUGGAAUAUACAUGUGCAGAGAGCCUCUUCUCUUUCUGAAUGAUCCAGACCUUAUAAAAGAUGUCUUAAUCCGGGACUUCAACAAAUUUGCUGAUCGAGGACUUAACGUUCACGAAAGGACGGAACCAUUAUCGCCAAAUCUCUUUUUUUUGGAGUCGGAAAGAUGGCGACCGCUGCGAAAGCAAUUCUCACCGAUGUUUAGCUCAAAAAAACUGAAAGAUAUGUUCCCCAUCAUGUUGAGAUGUUCGGUUCAUUUAGAAAAAUAUUUGGAUAAACUUUCAAAGAAAGUGCCUGUGGACAUUCGAGAUGUGGCUGCGAAAUACACGACCAAUGUGAUUGGUAACUGUGCAUUUGGGAUUGAUAUGAACGCGAUGGAGGAACAGGAAAGCGAAUUUUAUCGAAUAGCCAAACAAUUCAUUGCUCCGUCCAGGGAAAAUAGUUUACGAUUAAUAGUUCGACGGUUCAGUCCCAAGUUGUACGACUUACUCGGAUACAUAGUACCAGACAGGAUAUUUGCUCCCUUUUUCACGAAGCUCGUCAUGGAUACCAUACAAUACAGGAAGGAGCACGAUUUCUUCAGACCCGAUUUUAUCAAUACACUAAUAGAAUUGCGAAAACAUCCGGAACAGUUAGAAAACAUUGAGUUAACAGAUACCUUCUUAACCGCCCAACUUUUCAUCUUUUUCGUGGCCGGGUUUCAUACAUCAGCAACAACUAUGAGUAAUGCUCUUUAUGAGUUAGCUCUACAUCACGACUUACAAAAUAAGUUACGUGCAGAAAUUACAGAAUAUUAUGAUAAAUCCGACGGUGAAUUGCAGUAUGAGACCAUAAAUGAGAUGAAAUACUUGGAUAAAGUAAUCAAAGAAACCCUAAGAAUGUACCCAGCAGGACCAGACAUAAGGAGAAAAGCAACCUCGUCUUACACCUUUGACUCUAUGAAAGUUACGAUACCAAAAUCGAUGUCUGUAAUCAUUCCGUUAUUCGCUAUCCAUCGCGAUGCUAACAUGUAUCCGAAUCCUGAUCAAUUUGAUCCUGAAAGAUUUAGUGAAGAAGCUAUAGCGGCUCGACAUCCCAUGUCUUACUUGGCUUUUGGCGAGGGACCACGGAAUUGCAUUGCUCUACGUUUUGGAUAUCUACUAACCAAACUUGGCCUAAUUAAAGUACUUCGAAAUCACAAAGUGGAUGUAUGCGAAAAGACAAUGAUUCCAUACGAAUUUGAACCUAAAUCAUUUACAUUGACCCCAAAGGGUGAGAUAUACUUGAUGAUCUCAAAAAUUUGA